AUGUCAUCUUUGCCAUCUCAGCAACAAAUACUUUCAAAACUUGUAUCGAAAAGAUAUUCUUCAUUCGAUAAUAUUCCCUCUCCAUACUCGGAACAAGAAAAAACAGUUUUUAAAUACAUUUCAGCGGCUCAAAAAUGUGAAAAACAUGUCGAGGAGUUGCACAUUCAUGAACAUGAUCAGGAGAGGGUGAACCGAUCGAAUAAUUCGAAAAAGAUUUAUGAACAUGAAACGUAUUGGUCAUUCAUGUCCAUGUGUUUACUAAAUGAAUUAUUGAAAACUCCUUCCUGUCUCGCUCACAACAAGAAUUUCACUACACGCAAUUUCGCUCCGACUCAAACCAACACGAAACAACUUUUUCAAGAUUUACAACAGUGUGCCCAUAUUCAAGUCGAGGAACAUUCGACACCUGAAGGCACCAUUCAAUACGAAAAUGUCCCCAUUUUCAACAAUAGCUCUGAUGACGAAAACUAUAACAUUUUGACAGAUUAUUUUGAAACGUUACGUGAUCCACUCAAACAAUCAUUUCCAUCAUUUUAUCAUGCAUUGAAAUUUGGAGUUGUGGCAAAUCCAUAUUCGAGAAGAGAAUCACCACUUUGGUUGGAAGGAGACAAUUCAUCACAUCUGGAUCACACUCAAGAUGUUCCAAAAUUGAGAACUCUGAUGCAAAAAUUGAAAUUGGAAAAACAUGUCGAACAUGUCAUGGAAAAUUAUUUCACCAUUGAACCCUUGUCACCUGGUAUUAUUGUAUUGGCUUAUGGAGCUGCAAUUCCAUAUUGUCGAAAACAUGUGUUGAAUUGUUUGAGAAAGGGUGCAGUGAGUACUGGUAACGAUGAUGAGAUGAUUGAAAAAGCAUCACUUGUGGAAACCAUUGAAUGUUUAAAGUUGCAGCCAUGCACCAAAAAAAUUUUACCAUUUUUGGAUAAUGAAAAGAAAAUACAAUCACAACAACAACAAAAAUAA